AUGCCUGUCCCCUGGGAGGCUUUAAUUCCAACUGUUCUCCUUGUUUCCAUGUUUGGCGUGACAGGAACACUAGCAAACAUCAGCUUUCGCGCUCAAAAUCAGUGGAAGCCGCCGCGGUAUGGCUUAGAGAGCUGGGACGAGAUGAUGAUUGCGCGGGACAAUAAACUAACAGGGCAUAAUCGUGGACAGACAUCGGACCCUGUAAUUCCACCACCAUCUUCGUCUUGA